AUGGCAAUUUCAAAAUUGAAGUUUCUUCAGGAGAAGAAAACCGCUCUCACCAAGCAACAGAGAAGGCAAUUGGCUGACUUGUUGAGUGCUGGUAAAGAGUCUAGUGCCAAAAUUAGAGUGGAGAAUAUCAUUCGUGACGAUAUCUACAUUGAGCUUUUGGAGUUUCUCGAGCUUUACUGUGAGCUUUUGCUUGCGAGAAUCUCGAUCAUUUUGGAUACUCUGAGACAUGAGGUGGACCCUAACCUAAAAGAAGCUGUUCUGCUGGUGAUCUACUCCUGUCACCAUACGGAGGUUAAGGAGUUGAUUACUUUGGGUGAUUUAUUCAAGCAUAGAUAUGGUCCGGAGUUUGCAGCUGCCGUGCAGAGCAAUACUGAUGGGGAGUACGUUCCAGAGAAAAUUGUGAAGAGAUGUGCAGUUGAUCCACCUUCAGAGGUUUUAGUUGACUUUGUUCCAUACCUGGGACUCAAGGAGGAACCCCCAAAGCUCGAGCUUCUGAAGGAUGAAGAACCAGGAUCGGACUCGGAUUCUGGAAGCGGGGGCGGGUUGCCUGAGGCCCCAAUUGAAGCAGAGUUUGGCCAAAGGCCUAGCGUAGUGAAGCAAACAGCACCGAAGCCGCCACAGCUGGAGUUUGACGAAUUGAAGGCCCGUUUCGCUGCUUUGAAGAAGUAA